AUGGCCGACAAAGAGGCUAGCGCCCCGGCGCUCAACACCGACAUCGAGUCUGGUGGCUUCAAAGAGAAGCAGGCUCCGGCCCCGAAGCCCGCUGAGGACGAGGAGGAGGAUGAGGACAUGGAUGCCCUCAUCGAGGACCUCGAGUCCCAUGACGGUCACAUCGACGAGGAGGAGGAGGAGGAGACCCAGCCCGGUGGUGGACGUGUCAUCCCCGAGGACAUGCUCCAGACCGACCCCCGCGUCGGUCUGACCGACGCCGAGGUCACUGCCCGCCGUCGCAAGUACGGUCUCAACCAGAUGAAGGAGGAGAAGGAGAACUUGGUUCUCAAGUUCUUCGGCUUCUUCAUCGGUCCCAUUCAGUUCGUUAUGGAGGCUGCCGCUGUUCUCGCCGCCGGUCUCGAGGAUUGGGUCGAUUUCGGUGUCAUUCUCGGUCUUCUGCUUCUUAACGCCUGCGUCGGUUUCUUCCAGGAGUACCAGGCCGGUUCCAUUGUCGAGGAGCUCAAGAAGACUCUUGCUCUCAAGGCUGUCGUUCUCCGUGACGGUUCCCUGAAGGAGGUCGAGGCCCCCGAGGUCGUUCCCGGUGACAUUCUCCAGGUUGAGGAGGGUACCAUCAUCCCUGCCGACGGUCGCAUCGUUACCGAGGAUGCCUUCCUUCAGGUUGACCAGUCCGCCAUCACUGGUGAGUCGCUCGCUGUCGACAAGCACCAGGGCGACAACUGCUUCUCUUCCUCCGCUGUCAAGCGUGGUGAGUGCUUCGUCGUCGUCACCGCCACUGGUGACAACACCUUCGUCGGUCGCGCCGCCGCCCUCGUCUCCCAGUCCGCUGGUGGAACCGGUCACUUCACCGAGGUCCUCAACGGUAUCGGUACGAUCCUCCUGAUCCUCGUCGUCGUCACCCUGCUCGUCGUCUGGGUCUCGUCCUUCUACCGCUCCAACCCCAUCAUCAAGAUUCUCCGCUUCACCCUCGGCAUCACCAUCGUCGGUGUCCCCGUCGGUCUCCCCGCCGUCGUCACCACCACCAUGGCUGUCGGUGCCGCCUACCUCGCCAAGAAGCAGGCCAUCGUCCAGAAGCUGUCCGCCAUCGAGUCCCUUGCCGGUGUCGAGAUCCUCUGCUCCGACAAGACCGGUACCCUGACCAAGAACAAGCUGUCUCUGUCCGAGCCCUACACCGUCGCCGGUGUUGAGCCCGAUGACCUGAUGCUCACCGCCUGCCUGGCUGCUUCCCGCAAGAAGAAGGGUAUCGACGCCAUCGACAAGGCCUUCCUCAAGUCCCUCAAGUUCUACCCCCGCGCCAAGGGUGUCCUGUCCAAGUACAAGGUCAUCGAGUUCCACCCCUUCGACCCCGUCUCCAAGAAGGUCCAGGCCCUCGUCGAGUCUCCCCAGGGUGAGCGCAUCACCUGUGUCAAGGGUGCCCCCCUGUUCGUUCUCAAGACCGUCGAGGAGGACCACCCCAUCCCCGAGGAGGUCGACAAGGCCUACAAGAACUGCGUCGCCGAGUUCGCUACCCGUGGUUUCCGCUCGCUCGGUGUUGCCCGCAAGCGUGGCGAGGGUGCCUGGGAGAUCCUCGGCAUCAUGCCCUGCUCUGACCCUCCCCGCCACGACACUGCCCGCACCAUCCACGAGGCCAAGCGCCUCGGUCUCUCCAUCAAGAUGCUUACCGGUGACGCCGUCGGCAUUGCCCGCGAGACUUCCCGCCAGCUCGGUCUCGGUACCAACGUCUACAACGCCGAGCGCCUCGGUCUCGGUGGCGGUGGUGACAUGCCCGGUUCCGAGGUCUACGACUUCGUCGAGGCCGCCGACGGUUUCGCCGAGGUCUUCCCCCAGCACAAGUACUCCGUCGUCGAGAUCCUGCAGCAGCGCGGCUACCUGGUUGCCAUGACCGGUGACGGUGUCAACGACGCCCCCUCGCUGAAGAAGGCCGACACUGGUAUCGCCGUCGAGGGUGCCUCCGACGCCGCCCGCUCCGCUUCCGACAUCGUCUUCCUCGCCCCCGGUCUCGGCGCCAUCAUCGACGCUCUCAAGACGUCGCGCCAGAUCUUCCACCGCAUGUACUCCUACGUCGUCUACCGUAUCGCCCUGUCCCUGCACAUGGAGAUCUUCCUCGGUCUCUGGAUCGCCAUCCUGAACCGCUCCCUCAACCUCGAGCUGAUCGUCUUCAUCGCCAUCUUUGCCGACAUCGCCACCCUCGCCAUCGCCUACGACAACGCUCCCUUCUCGCAGACUCCCGUCAAGUGGAACCUGCCCAAGCUCUGGGGUAUGUCGGUCGCUCUCGGCGUCGUCCUCGCCAUCGGCACCUGGAUCUGUCUCACCACCCUCUACGUCGGUGGUGAGAACGGUGGUAUCACCCAGAACUAUGGUGACAUUGACGAGAUCGUCUUCCUCGAGGUCUCCCUGACCGAGAACUGGCUGAUCUUCAUCACCCGUGCCAACGGACCCUUCUGGACUUCGAUCCCCUCGUGGCAGCUGGCCGGUGCCAUCCUCAUCGUCGACAUCAUCGCCACCCUCUUCGCCAUCUUCGGUUGGUUCCGCGGUGAGGACAAGGACGUCAACAUUGUGGGUGUCGUCCGUAUCUGGAUCUUCUCGUUCGGUAUCUUCUGCAUCAUGGGUGGUCUCUACUACUUCAUGCAGGGCUCUGCCGGCUUCGACAACCUGAUGCACGGCAAGUCGCCCAAGCGCAGCCAAAAGCAGCGCUCUCUCGAGGACUUUGUCGUCUCUCUCCAGCGUGUCUCUACUCAGCACGAGAAGUCGCAGUAA